AUGGACAAGAUUAAAUGUUUAUUGUGCAAGAAAGUAAUGUCUGGUGGAGUUUAUCGGAUCAAAGAGCAUAUUGCUGGCAUAACAGGGAAUGUUAGCAAAUGUCCCAUAGUUUCAAAGGAAGAUCAAUUAAAAUGUAGAGAUACUCUCAUGAUGGCAAAGAACAAUAAGAAGAACAAGAGAGCUGAAGAAGUUAAUAUGAGAGCGGAGGUAAACAUUGGUUCGCAUGAGAGUUUGAGUAAUACACCUACAAAUACUAUUGAUGUUGAUGAGUUGCAAGACAUGCAACAGUUUGGACAUUUGAAGCCACCUCGUCCAAUUGGCCCUAUGGAUAAGUUUGCAAACCAAAUCAAUCCUGAAAGUUCUUUGAGUUCAGGAAAGGGCACGGCGCAACAGCGGAUAAUUGAGGCAUUUGACAAGGAGAGGGGCAUUGAACAAGUUGGAGAGGAGAAUGUUGUUCAAAUUGUCACAGAUAAUGCCGUGAACAACAUGGGAGCUGCUAAAUUGUUGAAAGAGAAGAGACCACGGCUAUUUUGGACUUGUUGUGCAACUCAUUCCAUUAAUUUAAUGCUUGAAAGCAUUCCAUGUUUACCACGGUUUAAAAAAGUUCUUGAUCAAGCAAAGAGUUUGACUAUCUUUAUCUAUGCACACCAUAAAACCUUGAGUAUAAGUAGUAAGAAAAUUGAAUUAAAGGCUAUGUUUUCAAGCAAUGAAUGGGAUGAAUUUAAAGGGAAAGCUGCCUAUUCUACUGUCACCAAUGCUUCAUUUUGGCAAAGGGUUAUAUUAUGCUUGAAUGUUUUUGCAACGUUGGUGAAGGUGCUUCGCAUUGUUGAUCAGGAUAAGAGACCUUCAAUGGGAUUUGUUUAUGGUGAGCUUAUGCAAGUCAAAGAAGACAUUAAGAAGGCAUUCAAUGCAGUUGAAAGAAACUAUGAGCUUAUUAUUAAGAUAGUUGAAGAAAAGAUGAGCAAUAGGCUAGAUUCUCCUCUUCAUUUGAUGGCUUUCAUGUUGAAUCCUUAUUAUCAUUUUAAGGAUCCUCAGCUUCAUUUGGAUGUAAUUGUUUCUCUUGGAUGA